UCCGCGCGCGCGCCCCGUUCGUCGAUCUGCCUGCCGCGCUCGCUGUCACGUGUGUGUUUUUGGGGUUUGGGUUCCAGACCCAUUACUAGUCUCACAUUCCUGCACGUUUCUGUUCGGUGCUCUGGGUUCCUCCCCGUCUCGUCUCGUCCUUGUAGCGAAGCGCGGAGCGUCAAACGCGGUGAGUGCGUUGUGCGCGUGUGUGUUUGAAGAGGACUGUUUACUUUUAAUCAUGUGAAAUUGAACGUAAACCGGGCGGGGAGCAUUCUAUCAACGCACGCGCGCGCACACACACGUCCGAUUUCACUAUGAAAUCCGGCACAUGAUGUUCCACUCGAAGGUUAAAAGUACACUUACACUUUUUUAAAAAUCUUCUUAAAAACAAGUAGAAAACGCGUUUCAGCGCCGGCGUCUGUUCGCGUCUCGUCUCGUGUUUCCUGGGCGAUGUGUGAAACCGUGAGGAGCACAGUAAAGUUACAGCCAUAACCAGGGUCCGGGAGGAGAUGGGAAUGAGUCCGUGACCUGAAGCGCAUGAGGCCGACAUGAGUCGGAGGACCAGUCCCUGCCUGUGGACGCCCAUCUCUCCCAGCGGUCUCGUGCCUUGCAACCGGUACAAACACGCCUGCUGCGCUCACGGGGACAGCGUGUACCUCCUGGGGGGCCGGGAGAGCGCCCUGCUGAGGGACUUCUGGAAGUACAACGUCGCACGCAACGAGUGGGUGGAGCUGGACUGCAGCGGAGACGAGUCCCCCGACGAGCUGGAGGGACACUCCAUGGUGGCGCACCAGGGGUGCCUCUACGUCUUUGGGGGGAUGAUAGACUCUGCGUACUCUGAGCGCAAGACCCCCCUCUGGCUGUACGACACAGGGAAGGACCGGUGGGGACAGCUGCAGGGGAGGUGCUGGGGCCUCCAGAACCCGGAGCCGGUGAACAGGAAGGGCCACAGCGCCGUGGUGUUCCAGUCCGCCAUGUACAUUUAUGGGGGGUACAUCGACAUGAAGGGCUCAUCGCAGGACUUCUGGAAGUUUGACUUUGACGCCCGUGAGUGGUCAGCACUGAAGCCGGCAGCGGGCAGAGCGAGGCCUGGACCGCGACACGGACACUCGGCCGUUGUCCACCUGGACAGCAUGUACCUGUUUGGGGGGCUCAUGGGUCUGCGGGAGCAGAGAGACUUCUGGAGGUGGAGCUUCUCCAACCACACCUGGUGCACCAUCAAGUCCCACUGUGGACCCCCCCGGCUGGUCGGUCACUCCGUGGGGGUCUUCCGAGACACCAUGCUGCUCUUUGGAGGCGGCGAGAGCCAGGGCUCCCCGAACAGCGCCCUCUGGAAGUUCAGCUUUGCCAGCCGGUCGUGGGAGAAACUGUCCGCGCUGCCGGGGAUGCCGCCGCCCUGCAAGGUGCACCACUGCAGCACGGGUCUCGGCCCCGGGUUCGAGCCGUCCAGCUGUGCCUUCGCCGCUGGGGACGAGGGCCCGUUCGGCGCUCUUGAGCGCAGUAGCUCAUGGCCCUUCAGGAUGAGACGUUCCUCUGCGCCCAUCAGCCGUCCUGACUGCCCCGCGGGGGCCAUGGAGCUGGACACGUUCCGCACGGUGGGCGACGUGGACUGCUUGGAGAAGCAAAGUAACUGUCAGAAGCGAUCUGCACCGUGUGGGUCACGCGCUCCUGGGGAGGAGGUCUCUGGGAGCCACAGGGACAGCAAGGAACCUGGAGCUAAGGAGGAGAGCAUAGUCCACCAUCUGCCUGACCUGCUGCUGGUGACCGGGGGGAAGCCUUUGGGAGGGCAAGCUGGGAUUUCGCUAUGGAUGAUGACCCUGACUGACCUUUGACCCACAGUGGUCAGGACACUAUUUCUGCCAGAUAGCCUUUUUUUAGUUUUAAACUUUAUUUAUUUAUUUUUUUAAUCAAACCUGUUGUGAAGAUACAGUGUUUAUGAGAAUGAUUUGUGUUCACCCUGCAAUGGUGUUUACAUGUAUCUCCCCUCUUGGUCUCUCACCACUGGCUUCCCGUGGCCGCUCGCACCAAGUCCAGCACUCUGGUUACGGCCUACGAGACAGCCAAGGGGUGCGAACCCCAGUACACUCCCUACACCCCAGCCAGAGUGCUGUGCUCCUCCAUCUCUGGCCUCUUGCUGGUCCCACGCACAAGGGUUCCAGAUGUGAAAGUCCACAGGUUGUUGUAGUGUGGUGGAAUGAGCUUCCUGUGUUCCUCAGAGCUGCUGAAUCCCUUCUAGCAUUCGCAAAAGGUUUCACGUCUGUUUUGGAACCACUUCACUCCUGGUUUUUGAAUUCACAUCAUGUGGCAUAAUCUUCUUUGUAUUUCUGACCUGAUUUGCAGUUUUAUAGGCAGCUACUUGAAUGAUGCGUGCCAGAAAAACAAUGGCACUAGAUAGAAGAAGCUGUAAGUUGAUUACGGUUUGUAAAGGUCUUCUUUUGUUGUUGAUGCACUUACAUUUACUCUGGACAGUACUUGGUUUUGGAGGAAAGUGUCCCCUAAAUAAAUGGGUGGCAUAACGAGUAGCACUGCUGUCUCAC